CGAAUAUCGAGAAUUCCAAAACUGGAAGGCUAUUUACUAAUUAGUCUUUCACAGAGAGAGAGAGAGAGACCGUCGGGUGGCGCUUCGGGGAGAACAAAACCUGCCGGCGAGUCCUAACCAAAAGGCACCAUUGAAAAACCCCAAAGAACCCAAAUUUUUUUAUCAAAAUUUGAAAUUCUUGGAGCAAUUACUCCAAAACCCAUCAAUGUCUCUACAAUUCCAAAGCUCUUGCUUGUAUAUAUGAAUGUAUAUAUACAGUAUAUAUAUAUAUAUGUGUGUGUAUUGUAGCAGCUUCAAAGGCCAACAGUUGAUAGAGAUCUCCAUUCUUUUUCAGUAUGGAUACAUUGGUUAAAAAUAUGCGUGGUUCUGGAAAGAAAUCAAACCUCAAAGAGUCCGGGAAAUCUGGUUAUUCCAGUUCCGUGGCGAAGCUGAUUUCAUCACCAAGUUUUAAAAAAGGCGGAAAAGUUCCCCGUGUUAAGAAACUAAAACCAAAGUCGUCCAAGACUAUUAUCGCGUCAGCCUUGUCAAAGAAGAGAGGUGCCGACUCUUCAAGCAAAGCAUCAACGUCAAGGAAUAAUGAUACUAACAAAAAAUUGAUGAGUAGAAAAGAAUUUCAUAAAGUGCAUGAUACAGAUUCUUCCAAAAAGCCGUCUUCAGUGAAACUUCAGGACCACAAGUUAUCAGACAAUGGCUCUGAUGAGAAGGGGGAGAAAAGGAGGAGAAAGAAGAAACCGAAAAAGGAUAAGGUGGAGUUGGAUGAAACUUCUCGCCUGCAGAGGAGGAUAAGGUACCUGUUGAUUAAAAUAAAGCUGGAGCAGAACCUUAUUGAUGCUUAUGCCGGUGAAGGUUGGAAGGGUCAGAGUCGAGAAAAGAUUAGGCCAGAAUUGGAACUGCAGAGAGCCAAUAAGCAGAUUUUAAAUUGCAAGCUUGGAAUCCGCGAUGCCAUUCAACAACUGGAUUCUCUGAGCUCAGUAGGAAGCAUCGCAGAUUCUUUUAUUGCUCCAGAUGGAUCUGUUUCUCAUGAACAUAUAUUCUGUGCGAAGUGCAAGUUGAACGAAGCUUUCCCUGAUAAUGAUAUUAUACUGUGUGAUGGGACAUGCAAUUGUGCAUUCCACCAAAAAUGUCUUGAUCCUCCCUUGGAUACUGAAAAUAUUCCUCGAGGAGAGCAGGGUUGGUUUUGCAAAUUUUGCGAUUGUAAAAUGGAAAUACUAGAAUUAGUCAAUGCUCACCUUGGGACUUGCUUUCCGAUGAACAGUGGUUGGCAGGAUGUCUUCAAGGAAGAAGCCACUUUCCCCGUUGGUGAGAAUUCCUUAUUAAAUCCAGAUGAAGAAUGGCCUUCGGAUGAUUCUGAAGAUGAUGAUUAUAAACCAGAGAGGAAUGUGAACAGCUGCAGCAUCAGCAGGGGAGGCAGCGAUGACAAUGUAUCAGAAGAGGAAUUGUCAACUGAUGUCAGUGUAGGUUCUGAUGAAUCUACUGAUGGGGAAAUUGUUUCUGGCCGCAGACAGAGAAGAAGUGUUGAUUAUAAGAAGUUAUAUGAUGAAAUGUUUGGAAAAGAUGGUCCUUUGCUCGAACAAAUCAGUGAUGAUGAAGACUGGGGUCCUGUUAAACGAAAGCGAAGAGAAAAAGAAUCUGAUGCGGCCAGCACCCUUAUGACUCUCUAUGAAAGCGAAAGAAAUCCAGAUAUUGACCAUACAGAAGUGAAAAAUAUACGUUCUUCUGAUACGCAAGUUAGAAGAUCCUGCUUCCGAAUUCCUCGAAAGGCAGUAGAGAAGCUCCGCCAAGUGUUUUCUGAGAAUGAACUUCCUUCUAGAGCUGUCAAGGACAAUCUUUCAAAAGAGUUGGGCCUUAAUCCCGAGAAGGUUAGUAAAUGGUUCAAGAACGCACGUUACUUAGCUCUGAAAACCAGAAAGGAAGUGAGUGGUAAAGACCAUCAGGCUUUUACUCCUGGAAUCUCCAAGGAACCAGGAUAUGAAAAUGUGACUGGAAAAGCUGCGGAUCUCAUGGCUUCAGAUUCAGAUGACGAUACCUUAGCUGAAACUGUGGUCCAUUCCCCAAAGAAUGUUAAUGCAGCUUUCCGGAGAAAGCAUCCAAAAUCACUAAGUAGCCCUUUGAGGAAAAGUCAACAGAAAGCCCCUUCGUGUGGGUCACCUUCAAAGAGCAACAAGGAUGGAAAAGAGUCGAGUGAUGAUGUGAGCUUGAAGAAGCUUAUGAACACAAGAACAAAGGAGAAGCGGGCGAACCUUAUCGCUGGAGGCGGUGGAGAUGGAUGUCGAGCUGCAGAGCUGGAAAUGGAGAGACUAUGCAAAGCCAAAGGUAGGCUAGAACAUAUGAGACAGAAAUUACUGAAAUUGCAAAAUGUGAAAGCAAAGCAGAAAUCGAAUAAAUCUCUCUUGCAUGAACACACUGUGAUUUAUGUUCCAGUAGCACAACUGCAGGAAAAGGUUUGAUAAUUUGUCAUUUUUCUGAAUGAAAUAUAGCAUUUUUUUUACCUCA